AGCCACAGACAUUUUUUUUUUUUUAAGCUGCUUUCUCCUUUCUCCAAUUUUUUAACGACGCUGGUAAAAGAGUAGUUCCCAGAAGCCGAACACAGCUGGAGCAGCAGGGAUCGCUGCUGGAAGUGGGAGCUCCUGCUGGACCCGCGUAGGCGAGGGGCUGCCAUCGCAAGGGCGGGGUGUGCGCGCCCCCUGUGCCCCGCGCACAUCUGGUCGGCCCAUGUCCCACCUGCUACAAGCUUUAACAUCUGGGGCCGGACGGGGGCAGCGGGGUCCAGCAAGCAGGUGACUCAGCCGAUGUGCCGGGCGGAAGGGUGAGGCCGCGUAGGUGGGGCUGGGACAGCGCUAAUACCCUCCAGAGCGCACCCGAACGACAAGGGGGCCGCCGCGAUGCCAGGCGAAAAUAUCUUCUUGUUCGUGCCUAACCUCAUCGGUUAUGCCCGGAUUGUCUUCGCCAUCAUUUCUUUCUACUUCAUGCCCUGCUGCCCCCUCACGGCCUCCUCCUUCUAUCUGCUCAGCGGGCUUCUGGACGCUUUCGAUGGACACGCUGCUCGAGCCCUUAAUCAAGGAACCCGAUUUGGAGCCAUGCUGGACAUGCUGACAGACCGCUGUGCCACCAUGUGUCUGUUAGUCAACCUGGCCCUGCUGUACCCUCGAGCCACCCUUCUCUUCCAGCUCAGCAUGAGCUUGGAUGUGGCCAGUCACUGGCUGCACCUGCACAGUUCUGUGGUGCGAGGCAGUGAGAGUCACAAGAUGAUCGACCUGUCUGGGAAUCCAGUGCUUCGUAUCUACUACACCUCCAGGCCUGCCCUCUUCACUCUGUGUGCUGGAAAUGAGCUCUUCUACUGCCUCCUCUACCUGUUCAGUUUCUCCGAAGGACCAUUAGUUGGCUCUGUAGGACUUUUCCGAAUGGGCCUCUGGAUCACAGCCCCCAUUGCCUUUCUCAAGUCCGUCAUCAGUGUCAUCCACCUCAUCACAGCUGCCCGCAACAUGGCUGCCCUGGAUGCAGCAGACCGUGCCAAGAAGAAGUGAUCCCAGAACCUCCAGUCCCUGGCUGCCCACCUGCCUGGGCAUCUCACUGUGCCACAUGGCUUCCCUCCCCGUCCUAAGGGGUCCCAGGUUCACAUCUUCCUAAUGUGAAGGGUGGGGUGGGGGUCAGCCUCUCUUUGGUGUCAUCAUGAUCUCUGAAAACCUGAGGUCCAGGCCCAUGCCUGUGACCCCAAGGACUUGGGCUACAAAUCAGGAAGGCUGCUCAGGAGGUCCAACCCAUACAGCUGGUGCUCCAGGAGGCCUGUCUGAGGACUGGGCAUUGUCACAUGCCCUGCCAGCUCAGCCCUGGGGUCUGUCCUGGCCUGAGAUUUUAGGGAUGCUUGAAUGAGGGAGAUGGUGUAGGGCCGGGUUUCCCAAAAGGCAGGGGAGUCAGACCUCUGCCCUUGGCCGGAGGAAGACUGGGUGCCAUGCUCGGGAGAGAAGAGGCCAUCUAGAUCCUUCCCCACAGCGGCCCUCUCUGUCCACUCUACCCUGGCUCUGGAAGUUUCCAUAAUAAAGGUGGGAGCAUCACUCUUCUGGACUUGGUUUCCUUUGAGACAAUCUUGGAUCAUGGCCUGGGUUAAGGGAGGAGCUUAGGAAAAAGGGAAAGUCUACCUGGAUGGUUUUCCCCCAGUUUGCUAUCUGGCUCCUUCCUGUCAUUCCAAGGUGACCUCAGAGAGAGACCCUUCCUGCCAUCCUAGCUCAUGAUGAGUCCUCUCUUCCCAUAUGCUUUUGCCGCUGGCUGACCCUGGCUGCUUUUAUUUGUAUUCUUGAUAUUUCUACCCCCACUAGAAUGUAACCUCCAGGAGAGCACAGGAUUGCUUUUUUUUUCCAUGCCUAGAAUGAAGACUAACCUGGCUUAGAGUAGCUGCUUAAUAAAUAUUACUAAAAACAUCAGUUUGCUCAGAUCGUGGUCUUCAGACCACCUAUACAGUAUUUCUUAAAAUGCAACUUCUUAGAUCUUCAGACUCUCCAGGGAUGGACCCAGAAUUCUGUAACUUGAAUAAACUCCAGGUGAUUCUUUUAAUUUUUUG